AUGGUACCUGGCUUAUCUCAAUUGUCCACUCUAGAGUGUGGGUCAUGUCAGCUCGCUCCACCACCUAUAGCUCCAGUGCCACCACCGAGUCCAGUGCCACCACUUGGUCCAGUUCCACUAACUAUAGCUCUAGUGCCACCACCUAGUCCAGUUCAAUCUUUUACAGCUCCACGACUCCUGACUUAUCAUCGUCGUCCGUGCCCAGCAUCAGACGAAGCUGAUUCACGUCCUGCACCUGACCCUGCUAAUACUGCAACUUGUGAAGCACUGUGUCAUCCCAGAUGGCGACAGACUAUGAUUGACGAGAUGUCUGCUAUACAUACGAGUGGUACUUGGGAACUUGUUCCCUUCCUUCGGUUGGACAUUAAGAAUGUUUUUCUUCACGGUGACCUUGAAGAUGAUGUUUAUAUGGAGCAACCACCUGAACUGCUAGCUAAUGAAUUGAACCAACAAAAGGAUGUACUUAUUUCUAACCAUUUGCUGCAUUUGUUAUACGGAGGUUGGUUUCCUCUUCUCUUUGUUUUUCCUUCAGCCACUUCUUUGAUUUCUAGUGUUGCUCGUGAUAUUCAAAUCAAUUUUAUCUUGUUCCAGUCUGCUUGCUGGGCCAUGGCCAAAUCAUGGCUUGAUUUCCAGGUUGAUGUGGAAUUAACCCGCCUGCAACCAGGUGAAGGGGAUCACUUCAAGAAUUUUGAAGAAGCAAUUAAUAGAAGCCCAGAAUUUGUAGAUGGUGUUUCUCAGCCAACUGCUGGACCAGAUAGUUGGCCACUUCAAGUUGUGAAUCAGCAACCUAGGCACCUCUCUGCCCUUCUCCAGAAACUCCAUUCAAGUGAUACGGUGCAUGAAAUUGUUGCUCGAUCGUGCAAGGAGCAGCAGAGACAAAUUGAGAUGAACCUUAUGUUAGGAGACAUACCAAGUUUGCUGGACAUCAUAUGGUCUUGGAUAUCGCCUUCUGAAGAUGAUGCAACCUUCUUCAGACCUCAUGGUGACCCACAAAUGAUGCGCCUUGGUGCACACUUAGUGCUUGUGCUCCGAUACUUGCUCGAAGAUCAAAUGAAGGAUGAGUUUAGAGAGAAAUUACUGACAGUUGGUGACCUCAUUCUUCACAUGUAUACUAUGUUUCUUUUUACAAAGCAACAUGAAGAGUUGGUUGGGAUUUAUGCUUCUCAGUUAGCUCGUCAUCGUUGUAUCGAUCUCUUUGUGCAUAUGAUGGAGUUAAGGCUAAAUAGCAGCGUUCGCGUCAGGUAUAAAAUAUUCCUUUCUGCUAUUGAAUACUUGCCAUUUGCUCCAGAAGAUGAUUCAAAGGGCAGUUUUGAGGAUAUCAUCGAAAGGGUUCUUUCAAGGUCUCGAGAAAUCAGAGUCGGGAAAUAUGAUAAUGAAACAGAUGUUGCAGAGCAGCAUCGAUUACAGAGCCUUCAGAAAGCUUUAGUAAUUCAGUGGCUCUGCUUUACACCUCCUUCAACAGUCAAUAAUUCUAGGUCCGUUAGUAUGAAACUUCUUUUCCGGGCAUUGACACACAGCAACGUACUGUUCCGGGAAUUUGCUCUUAUCUCAAUGUGGAGGGUUCCAGCAAUGCCAGUCGGGGCUCAUACUUUACUCAGUUUACUGGCUGAGCCAUUGAAACAACUCUCAGAUGAUCUUGUUUCUGUUGAGAGUCAUGAGUUCUCGGAGAAUUUAAAGGAGUUCCAGGACUGGAGUGAGUUCUAUUCAUGUGAUGCAACUUAUCGCAACUGGUUAAAGGUUGAGCUAGAGAAUGCAGAAAUUUCACCAGUUGAACUCUCGGAUGAGGAAAAGCAGAAUGAAGUUAUAGCUGCUAGAGAAACUCUUGAUACAUCACUCUUGCUUCUACAACGGCAAAAGAAUCCCUGGUUAGUUCCAACUGAAGAUCACAUCUUGGAAAGUGAUGAGCCUGUGUUCCUCGAGUUGCAUGCUACUGCGAUGCUUUGUUCAUCAUCUGGUGAUUGUUUGGCGCCCGACGCCACCUUGUGCACAACGUUAAUGAGUGCCCUUUACUCUUCAGUCAGUGAGGAAGAAGUAUUAAAGCGCCAGAUAAUGGUGAGCGUCUCCAUAUCAUCCAGAGACAACUAUUGUGUCGAGGUUGUAUUACGCUGCUUGGCAACAGAAAAGGAUGGUCUUGGGUCACAUCAGUUCCAUGAUGGUGGUAUUCUUGCCGCAAUGCUUGCUGCUGGCUUCAAAGGGGAGCUUAUUCGCUUUCAAGCUGGAGUUACAUUGGAAAUCUCUCGAUUAGAUGCUUGGUAUUCUGGCAGUGAUGGUUCUAUUGAAGGCCCUGCAACCUACAUAGUGCAUGGUCUUUGUCGUAGGUGUUGCAUCCCUGAAGUUGUUCUGCGGUGCAUGCAGGUCUGUGUGUCGCUUGUCGGUUCUGGUAAUCCACCUAAUAGCCAUGAUGAGUUGAUCAACCUUGUCACAAGUCCUGAAACUGGAUUCCUUCGUCUCUUCAGUCAUCAUCAAUUGCAGGAGUUUUUGUUAUUUGAGAGGGAAUAUACAAUAUACAAAAUGGAACUCGAGGAGGAGCCGACCUCUUGAUUUCAUUAAGGAGCUUAAAUACUUGGCAGGCUUGUUUAAAUUUUGGUUAUGGUGUAUAUUUUUGUAGUCUAUCAAAAUUAGAGUUCUUGUUUGGAUGGUUGUUACCUAUUGUAUUUUAUUUAUUAUAUUGUUACACUAAAUACAAUGUUUUGAUUGCUAUUCAAAUUUUUGAUUAUAUCGUAUCGUUACAUUCUUUGUUACAUAACAAUGUAAAGAUAGAUCCCUUUAUGUAA